AUGGGCUUCUUUAACAAAGUUUUCGUGUUGUCUAUGGUGCUAGUGGUCGCUGGUUGCCCCUUACGCGGAAGACAAAUUCGUAAUCUGCAGGAACGGUUCAAUUUCCACACUAUCAUAUUUCCCUGCCCAGGACGGUUCUGGAGUGAUACUUUCAUCAAAGAAAUCAACUCACCCGUUCUUUUCAUUGUUAAUUCAUCAAGUUUUGACACAAAAAGAUUGUCAAAUUUCAACAAUCUUUUCAUCAUAUCGGUUGGAGGACAUCAACAGGAUUUACCGUCAAUCUCAAAAUGCACCUCCAAUUUUUUGGGAAUAUUACGGCGUGGAAAAACCAUCUUGUGGAUAAACUACAUAGUGCGAACACCCUCCAAAGAUACUGUACCUUAUUUCGAGUAUAUGUGGACGAAAAAGAUCCUGGAUGUUGUCGCAAUAUUUGACAGUGAAAGUGCUUCGAAUCAAGCUUUUACUUAUAAUCCAUUUGCUUCAUUCAAAGUGGAGAACAUCAGCAGCCAAAGAGAUAUAUUUCUCGAUAAGCUUGGAAAUUUGCAUGGAUUCCCCAUAACAACUCUAAUUAAAAGAGAUGAACCUCGAAUAUUUAGAUACAAAGACUAUAACGGAAGAACGAAACUUGGAGGAUACGGUGCGAAAAUAUUUCAGGCUUUUUUGAAGAAGCAUAAUGCAACCCUGGAAGAAUAUUUAAUGCCAAAUACAACCUACCUGAACAUAGAGGUUUUAAUAAACUUACUUUCUGAUGGAAAUGUUUCCAUUUCAAUCCAUCCUUACGCUCAAGCGGGAUUGCCAACUGACGGAAGCUAUCCUAUUGGUUUAAUGGACGAAUGUAUUAUGGUUCCAGCCCCUCAAGAAAUCAUCCCGUCUAAGUAUUUGUUGGUAUCCUUUCCUUCUCAGGUAUGGAUGCUACUGUUUGGAACCGCUAUUCUUACGUUAACUCAAAAUCUAUAUUUAAAUAAAUUUAUGGCCGGGAAAUUUGAAUUGGGACUAGCCUUCUUAGACACUGCAAGUGCACUCGUAUGGCAGCCAUUUGGAAGCGGCGCUAGGAAUAACUCUUGGAAACAAAGGUGCGUCAGGAUUAGUGUGGCAAUUUUCGGAUUUUUCAUUGCGAGUAUAUAUGGAUCACGUUUAGCUAGCGUAUUCGUUACAAAGUUGUUUCAACCGCCCUUAGAAACUAAAGAAGACAUGAUUCGGGCUAAACUAAAGAUACUUAUGAUUCAGGUUGAAUUUGAGUUUUUACGUAACAUUAUUCACCCCCAGGAAUUUCGAGAUCUCAUAGUUCCUGCAGGAAUUGAUGUAGUGAAAGCAUAUCGUAUGUUUUUUAAUAGUUCUUACGGGUACGCUAUACCAGAUGACAGAGCAAUGCUCUUCCUUCUCCAGCAGAAAUAUCUAAAACGACAGUUAGUCCUUUACACUAAAGUUUGCUUAGCGACAAUGCAUGUAGGUUUCAAUAUGCCGAUGGAUUCUCCUUUCAAGGAUAUUUUUAGCAGAGUUCUGUUGCAAACCAUUCAAAGUGGUCUGUAUUUUAAGUGGUACGAGGACGCCUUUGACGAGGCUGUUGAAGCUGGAAUCUUUACAAGACAAAUAACCGAUGAGAAUAUGGCGACACCGAUCAGUGUGGCCCAUCUAACCCUUGCCUGGACCAUCUUGUUCGGUGGACUUUCUUGUAGUUUGCUUUGGUUUCUCAUUGAAAUCACAUCGAAGAAAUAUUUGUUGCAUGCUUUCAACAACUUAAGAAGGAAACACAAUUUGCCAUAA